AUGACCGGCAACUUACGCAAGAUAGACGCGACUGACGGGAACGAAAAUUUUGAAAGAUUGGGAUUAAACAUCAGCGGAUGCAGCGUUACAAGAAGUGUCUGUGGUAAUCUGACAUGUGGCCAUGCUUUAUUGUGUGCAAUUCGUGACUUUGGCCUCCUUCUGGUGGACAACUGUAUUUCUUCAACCAGGCAGAGAAUAAUGAGUGUUCUUCAGUUCAUCAUACGAAGCGCAUCUUUGACGAAGAAGAAUUCCUUGCUAAGUAUGGACAUGACCUCUUUGAAGAGUAAGCUGUUUCGUUCUUUAUAUGAAGGUUCAGCUGAUCUUGGUUUCAGCAUUUCUCUAGACGUUCAAACGAAUGAGUCCACCUUUAGUACACCUUCAAGUGGUUUAGCAAUUAUUGUGCAUGAUCAGUACACCUUUGUAAAUUAUCAUUCUGGGUUUAAAGUCCAGACCGGUUCUCAUUCCUCUGUCGCAAUUACAUUGACCCAGGUAAAUGCACAUCCCUAACUUUACUUAUGAUACCAUCCAUGAAACUGU